AUGCGUCGUGCUCAGAUGCUCAGAUGGCAAUUGAACGCUGAACAGAUGUUCCUCAGCAGGCAUUCAUGUUAUUCUCCUGCAUUGGAUGAAAUGAAAAUUGAGUAUCACCCUGUUCAGUUCAACGGAUCUCUUGAUUUUGCCUCCUCAUAUCGCGGCCCACCCAGUCCAGAGGUGGAUGCCGCUUGGGAUGAAUUAGCUGGAUUGGGACUCAUGAGCGUCACCAGGGACCAGAUCACUUUGUUGAGAUGUUGCGCCACAACCCUUAUGUGCAAUGCAGACGUGGGCACCAUUUUGCACGAGUGGGUAGAACGUUCUCCACGACCAUACCCCAACUUCAAUACCUGGCAUCAAUGCCGGAAUUUCGAAGAUAUUAAGGGCUGGAUCAAGGGAAACACAUUGCGCAGAAGCUACCAGAUGCUGACGAGUGGCUAA